AUGUACUACAACAAUCUUACCUCUACAACAUCAAAAUCUACUUCCUCUACGUCUCGACCAAGUGGCUCCCGCAACCGACCCUUGGCACUACGCGCACCUGCAGUUGGUGCUCAGGGUGAAGUAGAGUUAAGGAGAAACUUCAAUGAUUAUCAUUGUUCUUUUUGGUCAAACAAAUUUUUGAAUUUUUUUUUCUUCUAAUUGACGACCACUACCACGAGCACGAGCUUGGUCAUUUUCUUCUAAUUUCCGAGCACCACGAUCAUCAGUCAUUAUCAUUGUUCUUUUUGGUAGUCAUUAUCAUUGUUCUACUUUUUGGUCAUGGUCUACGAGGACGUCUACUUGGUUUCCAUAAGAUAAGUCUAAAAAGUUUUUGGUAGGUCUCACUUCACCAGAAAAAAAUUUGAAUUUUUUUCUUCGAAUUUCCGACCACUACCAGGAGCAGGAGCUACGACCGCAGAGAGCGAACAUCACGAGCAAAACGAGUACCAGUAGACCUCGUUCGCGAUCAAUAUCGCAUGGGGCGCCCUCUCGAAGUUGUAGCAAGAAAGCUGCACCAGACCUCUCUGCUAGACCAGCCUGGAACUCGGAUUUUGCGACUAGUAAUUCUGAAGAUCAUAUUGUUGCUACAACUGGAGAUGGACAUGAUUGUAUUUACGAACAAGUAGAUCAACAUAACAAGCAGACCUCCAUUAAGGCUACCGCUGAAGCAUCCUCAGCACCAUCCCUGGCGUCUUUUUCAAGGGGAAAAGAGACACCAAAUUUAUGGGCUCAGGGAUGCGACGCGGUAGCUCUAACUCCACAACGACUAGUAGGCCUUUUGUAGUAACACACCGUAGUGCGACGAAUAGCACAACUGCAAGCGAACCGCAUGAUGCAACCUCUAGGUUUUCUUCCUCUCAAACACAUCAAGGAGCUCAACAAGUACAACAACUAGAGGAGAUUCAAAACGCAAACAUUGAUCAACAUGUUCAGCGUCUUCGCAAAGAAAAUGCUUUUCUUAGGAAGCGCGUGAAAGAUCUCGAACGGGAAUGCGAGGCUUCGACUUCUCCUCGUAAGUUGUUUGAAUUUUUGGUACAAGAAACUCGAAACUUAGAAUCGCAGGAUGAAAGGCGGACUGUGCUUUUAAAGGCGCAGAUCCUCGCAUUGGAGAAACAACUGGCCCUGGUAUCCACAUCUAGUUCGAGUUCCUCCAUUCCUUCUACUUCUUUGAUUCUGGACAAACAGCGACUAUGGGAUUUAGAACAAGAGAUGCGCUCUUUCGCAAGGGCAAUGUUGGAACAAGUACUAGACAUAGGGGCUUUUGUUCCAGUAGCUGCGGGGGACGUCGACGAUCACAAUGGGAAUCAGCAUGAAGAUUUUGCAAGAUCGGCUAGUGGUGGGUGCAAGGGCAAAGUAGGAACGCGAGAGAGAGUUACAACUAGAACUUCAUCGAAACGACGAGCUGAAGAACAGUCUACAACAGGGUGGAAUUUCGAUACUGCUGUCAGUUACGAUGAAGAGCAGGAGGAGGACUAUGGAAGCGAGGAUGUAGACAGAGUCUCUUCACUACAGACUAGACUAACAGCACACGAGCAGGACUCGUCCAAGGCCAUGGUUACGCGUGGUGGUGUUGCUAAGUCUAGGAGUGGUCUGGGUCUCUCCAAGAAUGCUAAUGCCCAUACCAAAACCCUACAUCAGAGGUGGACGGAUCAAGAGUAUCAACUACAAGCGGUAGGAUCAGGAUCAGCUUCGUCUCCUCGCCGUUUUGUUCUGAGCAAGGAGAGUGUGCUAAGACUAAGCGAGCGACUUUUUCAUAUUGGGGUGGCUCUCGACUUCUCAUGUGCUAGUAGUAUAACCAACAAGAGCAAUAAUCACAGAGAUGAACACGACGAUGCAUGUAACAUCUCCGCAAGAGAGCGUCGCGCUAUCGAAAGACAAAUUCAAAGGAAGUUGCAACAGCUCAAAGCCAAUGCUCUUGAAAUGAAAGGUGCUCAUUCAUUAUGAAGCGAAAAAGUGUACUCAUCCUCAAGAAAGUAGGCACUUUUUAAGAAGUAGGAAGAAGCCUCUUUUCUUGCGUAUGAGUACACUUUUUCGUGUCAUAUUCAUCUGGGUCCUUGCAGUUACAACCACAAGAGUCUUCACAUCAUCAACGAAAAGCAGGCUCGACGUCUACUACAACUACUUU